AUGACAUCGGGAAAUGAUUCUGACGUUCGUUACUUUACACUGGGCGAGUUCUUACAGGAGACACGGUUUGAUGCCCGCCCCUCAAGCCUGACGGGAAGCAACCAAACCAGUGACAUCUUCCCCGAACUGCCCGACGCAGAUGAAGAUCUCCUUGACGUACCGAAACAAGCAGACAUCAUUCGGAACAUGAUCUUGAAGGAGGAGCACCGAGACCUGGAGGAGCGGCUGAUGAGGAUACGACACAAGGAACGAAAGGAAACUGUCGACUAUCGUAUCGACGGUAGUUCGGCAUUUUUCAUUUGCUGUGCGAGUAACAAUGUUGAGUUGUCAAGUUUUCUGCUUGACAGAUGCGGAGCCGAUGUAGAUCAGAAAGGAACAGAUUGUCCCUUUGGUUGGCAGCCGAACCUUCCCCUGUGUUCUCCUCUAUGUUGCGCCGCGAGACACAUCGACUCGUUACCAUUAGUACGUCUGUUGAUUGAGCAUGGCGCCAGUAAAAAAGGCGUGGACGAGACUGGAAUGACCGCUAUGCAAAUUGCCUGUCAGGCAGGCAGUAUGGAGACUGUGUUGUAUCUGUUUGAACACGGCUUUAGUGUACACGACGUGUCUCCCACAGGAAAGACAUGUCUUAUCUUAGCUGUACAGAAUACGGAGAUUUGUAAGUUCCUGAUAUCAAAGGGUGUGGAGGUAGACCACACUGACAACAAAAGCUCGUCAGCGCUUCAUUAUGCCGUGCGUGACGGCCAACUGGACACUGUGAAGUUGUUAAUUGAUUCAGGUGCUGACGUCAAUAUGACCGACAAACAGGGUCUGGAUGUCAUUUUACGUGCCGCGUCGGCUGUACAGGUGGGAGUUGUGGAAUACCUUAUGCAGGAUCCAUCUAUACCCGCGCGAUCAAAAGUACUUGCGUACAAACUUCUCGGAAGCAGUCUGGCCGACACCGGCAAAGAGUUAGAGGCUGUGUAUUGGUGGGAUAAAACAAGACCUCGGGAAUGCGACUUCGCGAGUGACGACUACGUUCAACAGCUCAUAGCAGACGGGCGCAAGUUAUCAGUUGGUAUAGCUAGAUCCUCACAGCCAACUGAGGAACUCGAACUUCUGGAAAGGAUCCAAGCAUAUUCAGUUCGAGUCAAAAUUGAAAUAUUCGGACUUUGUCAUCCACAGACGUAUAAAAGUCUUUGUAAACUGUUAAAUAUUAAUUUCCUCAUGAUGAGUUUGAAACAUAGUCUCAAGUUAUUACGGUACGCAGCCGAGGUUUUCGUCCAAAAAGAUCAAUUAUCAAGCAAAGCAGCCCCGUAUAUCGCAUCUCGGUUAAUGAAAGUGUUUAAUAGGAUUUGGCAAUGUAAGAAGGAAGUGAAACCUGAGGACAGGAGCAGCAUAAUAGCAGAGGUGAUCGACAUAUUGGGAAAUCUUAUUGAUCAUGUGUCAGAACAAUACAUACAGUCGCGGUCAGAAUCGGUGGAAUUUGAACAAAUGGAAGACGACAACAUAUCAUCAUUUGUUGGACUUUCCAGUGUUUAUUCCCAUAAACACGCUGAAGUGUUCGAGUGGAUGUGUUUGGCCCUCGAUCUCGUGUGUAUCGUUAGAUCACUUGAACCUAAUACCCGGGAGGAAGCUAGACUCAUCAACCAUCUCAGUAAAUUGGUCGAGGCAGAUCCAAGAGGCCCGUCGGAGGAAACUCUUCUACACAUCGCCGUAACGUUGAACCCCAACUAUCGACCAUAUCUCUCUACGGACAUGGUGUUUCGUUGUAACAGGUUCGAGGUAGCGCGGAGCCUCAUACACGCGGGCAUUGACGUGAAUGCUAUUGACGUAAACAGAAAUAUACCACUUUGCUCACUUCUGCAGGUAAAUGCUAAUUGGGUCGAGGACGAAAAGACGCUGAUUGACCUGUUAUUGGACUACGGCUCGGACAUCGAUAUCAGGAACAAGGAGGGACUCACAACUCUUGCCCUACUUCAACGAGCAGGCAUCAUGAUAUGUCAACUGAACUACCAGAAACUGCAGUGCUUAGCGGCGGCUACUAUUAGGAGCAACAACAUCAAAUUUGCAGGCUAUGUUCCAAAGAAGAUGGAGACGUUUAUAUCAUGUCACUAA